AUGGCAGGUGGAGAUAGUGGCAAGCAUUACAGAUCCAUCCGAGACUAUCUCCUCUUCCUUCUUAUUUCUUCUUCUCCCUCCAUCACCAUCACUGCUGUCUCGCUGACGGCGGUCCACUCAAAUGAAGCUAGACUCCGCAAGAUGGCAUUCGGUAUAGACUCAUUGUUAUCCAACUCUGCCAAACGAGUCACAGGCAUGUUUAGUGCAUUGGGUGUCAACCAUGUCUUGAAAGGCAAGGAGGCGUCGAAUAACCUGGGGCUUUGCACUUCGCCCAUUUCCCGGGAGAAAACCAAAACACAAUGUUGGUUAUCCUUCCGUGGAGUCAUCUGUGAUGAGGGCCACAAACUUGGAGAGUUCAAUUCAACGAACACUGAAUCGAGAUUUCAAACAUGUCGAACCAAGAAUGCCGUUGCAGUCAAGAAACUGUACAUGUCCAAGAAAUGGAUCGUCACCGCCACCCCGAUGAUUAAUCGAGUCCCGGCCUCCUCGGAUAUCUCAAUCUCUUCCGGAACCCCAGUGGAAAUCGGACCUCUUGAGAUUAAACAACACUCCGCACUCCAGUGCCGAGCCAAGUACCAGUACUGGCCGCUGUAUCUGUUUGACACCGAACUGUUCGCGUCGCUACUUAACAAGGGUCUCCUUGGGGGUGGAUCCCUCGCACAAGACACAAGAGACAAGAAACGAACGGAGAUCAGUUUCCAAUUGAAUGGCUUCUACCCUGAUUACGCGGAGAAAGUGUCAGCAGCCAACAAAGCGUGCCGGGAAAAGAAUCGUGACGAGCUAAAUGCGACGGAACGAGAAGUCCGCGCAGCAAAGAAAGUCACCAACGCCGCCAAUAGCGCUGGAGGUCAAGGGUCACUUGAUGGCUUCUUGCAUUCGAGCCAAGACAGCACUGGCAGGAAACAGAUUCAGACUCUGGAGGCUCCCACAUCGCACAGAGAGGCACUCACAGACAAGACUGCAAAGGACAAUCGUCUACGAAAUGCUCGGUGGAGACAGGCACCAGAUGGCCAUGACCACACAGAGAAGUACUCGGAAUGGAAGAGGAAUGACAAGGCAAAGCACUUCCUGUGGGGGAUGCAGCACAAAACGCACUUCCACAUCGCUGACCGGAUCGAGGCAGACAAUGCGAUCAGCUCAGAAGCCAAAAUAGACGAGGAUCUGGGUGACAUCCUUCCAGAAGGCUGUCCGGGGCACGAGGCACUGGACCCGGCCGACAAUGACCUCCAUUUUUGCAUGUGUCUCACCGAUCCUAGCUUCAGCAUUGUCUUUGAAGCCUCAAAGAGAAGGAAUAUGUUAAAACAACGGACUGAGUUAGUCCAAUAUAUGGAAGUCCACAUGAGGGAAGCUCGAAGGAUAGUCCGCCAGGCUAGCAAGGAGAUGACACCACGAUCUCAGAGACAAGACCUCAAGCAUACAUUCAGCAAAGCCAAUCCGCGGAGCUCAGAGGACGAGGCGUAUCUUGUGCAGUGCAAGGGUACAGCCAACUCCGAACUACCCCCACUGUCCGAGUGGGUUGAGGAACUGAUGACCUUUACCUUUUCCCCUGACCUCUCGAUCAUGAUGCUUACGAUUACUGCGAUCCCGCUCCGCGCUCCGCCAUCAUUGAUUUCCACCCAGAUCGUGGCAUCUACACCGCAUGACACUCUUUCAGACAUGGAUACCAAUGCCACUGGUCUUAAAGAUUGCAAGAUGUUCGAGGUUCGAGGUUCUCUCCUCUUUGCUACUAUCAAAGUGGAAGGGCAAAAACUCGUUGCCAAACAUCGAAGGGCAAAACUCGUUGCCAACCAUCGCAUGGGAACAGCAUUGAUGUGGUUGUUGUGGGUCCAAAUUACCUAA